AUUGAAAAUAAAAUAAAGUAAAUUAAUUAUAAAUCAAGGCGCAAGCAGGAAAUAUAAAAAAUAAAUUAAUAAAUAAAUAUUUUUCAGAAAAAAGAAUACAAAGUAGAAGGCAACUUUUGUAAAGAUAAAAAAAUAUUAAGUAGAAAACAAAAAAUAUAAAAAGAAAUAAACAAUAGAAAAGCAGAAAUAUUCAUUAAAGCAGGGAAUUUAAAAAUGGAAAAUUAGCAAGUACUUUCUCUUUUGCUUUUCUUCCUUUAGAUAAUUAUUGCCUUGAAGACUUUGCAUGCGUUGAAUAAUCAUGAGGAAGAUAAAGAAAAGAAGAAUUAAUCAAGCAAAAAUCAAGAUGCAUAAAAUAAGGAUAAGGAAUAAACAGUAGAUCAAACAACUAAAAAUUAGCAUUAAAUUGCAUCGUAGUAAUAUCUUGCUAAUUAAAGUAACAAAGAUUAGCAUUUGUCUUCUCAGUUUUAUGGAAAUUAGACAAGCAGUGGACCAUCAUUUAGCAAUUUCGAUAUAGAUGUCUCAACUACAUAGAGACAGCGUACUGAUUCCUUCAGUGUACCAAACCCAAGUAGUUAAAUUAUUCAAAAUUAAUUGAAAUUGAAAACUACUGUCAACAUAAAAGAUUUGCAACCUUACAUAAAUGAUAAUUACUUAUAAACUCCUAACUUUAAUACUAAAAAUAAUAUUGUAGGCUAAAAUAAGAGCAGAAAGAACUCAGAAAAUAUACCCUAAACUCCUAAUUUCCAGCCAGAAAAAAGCAAAAAAUUAUAGCUUAAUUUAUAAACAAAUAGUUAUUAGAAUCCAAAAAAGAUAGCAUCUAGUAACAACCAAGAUUUUAAUUUGAAUUAGCAAAACAAUUCUAUGAUGGAAGUUAAUUAUGAUUUGGACCAAGAAAGUCAAGAAAUGCAUUAGGAAGAGCUUCCUCAGCCUCCCUAAUUUAAAACUGGUAUGAGUAUUAAGGAAAUUAUGAAAGUAGAAACUCCAGAAAAGAAAAAGAUUUUGCAAUAAAACAAAAUGUUGUUCCAAGACAAUAGCAUCAACAAUAAUAUAAGUCCCUUCAUAAAUCCUAAAAAUUUCGUUUAAUCUCCUGACUCUAACUUUUAUACUCGUUAAAACAGAUAAAGUAGUGUCUAAGAAGACAAAAGAAAUAAACACCAUUUUAUAAAUUAAAGCUAAAUUCUUAAGGAAAAAGAAGCAAAAGUUAUUAAAAAUGAUGAAAAAAUCAGAGAUGCACAUUGGAUUUAGCCUCCUACAAGCAAACCUUCAAGAAAGUAUUAAGAAAAAAGAGACUAAAACUUAAGUCAAUAAUACAGAGAUAUUCCUAACCCUAGCUUUGAUGAUAGAGCAGAACAAUUAGAUUCCAAGGUUAUUUCUCGUAAAAGGCAUGUAUUCGAUAGCUUUGCUCAUGCUUAUGAAUCCGAUGAUAUGGAAGAUGAAUAAACUGAAAAGAACCAUUCUAUUUGCAAAAUUUUACAAGUUCAAAAGAAAAGAAAGGAGGAACUUUUUUCUAAGUUUAUCAAGUAAAAAGAAGCAGAAAAAAAGAACUAAAUUUUGUUUAAUGCUCCUUAUAGCAAUAACAUGAAUACUUUAGUUACGAUAAAUCACCGUGAAUAGGAAAAGAUUGACCUUGAGGAAGCUGCUAAAGUAGAAAAACCAAUUUUUAUAAAGCCAGCUGAUAGUUUGAUAUUAAACAAGAAUGAUAAUCUACCUUAAUAGCCAUCUGAAAGCAAUUUUAAAUUGCCAGGAAAUGAAAAUACAAGUUUAUUCAGUUAAAACUAAACUAAGCCUGCAUCUAUAAAUAUUAUCAUUCCUGAUAAACAAAUUUAAGCCAACUAAGAUGAAAAAAGUACUCCUCUUGAUAAAAAAGACGAAGGCAUUAAAUUAUCUGUUUUAAAUCCUCCUCCUGCUCCAAAGGCUGCAUAAGCAGCUCCUUUGGGAUUAUUUGCUAACUUACCUCAAUCAUCUUUAGUAUCAGUAGAUAAGAAAGAAGAUAAUAACACUGCUGUUUAGGCAGUUAAGUCUACACCUCUUUUUAACUUAUAAGAAUCAAGUGCUGAAAGUCUAAAAAAAUCUGAUGGAAUCAAAGAAAUCUAAGAAAGCUCUUAAGAAAAAAAUUUAACUACUCCUCAAUAAACAAUUACAAGUAGCAGUUAAGUUAUUUCUAAUCCAUUUGAUUCUUAAUAAUCUCUUUUCAGCAAAAGUCAAACUCCAUAGCAAGCUUAAACUCCUUAAUAACUUUAAACUCAAAUAGAAAUUUAAAACGAAAUAGCACAAAAAAAAGGUUUACCCAAAAAGUAAACCAGUGCUGGUGGUCUCUUUGGAAACUUAGCUUCAGCUUAGACAGAAUAAAAAAAAGAUGAUGUAGGGCAACCUAUGCAAACUAAUACAGGAUUAUAAAUACCCUCUAUUCAAGCAAGUAUAGGAAUAGCUUAACCACUCACUCCAGCAAACACAGGAUUCUUAUUUAACAUGCCAAAAUAGUAGUAAUAGCAAUAAUAAAAUAUUGGAACCCAAGCAUCUAAUAAUGUAACUGAGAGAAAUAUAUCUUCUUUUGACAAGUCAAUCGAACCUUAAAAAGCUCUUCCUCCUAAAAAUAAAGAAUAAACUCAACCUGAAAAUAAGUUCGGUGGUGAAGGUGGUUUAUUUGGAAAUUUAGGUAAAAAUUAGAUUUCUUUAGACUAGUCAGUUAAAGUAACCACAACUUUGACAAAUGAAGUAAAAGAAGUUUAGGCUGCAGAAACAAUGCAAACUACAACUUAAGAUAAUUCUGCUUCUGAACUUUUUAAAACACCAUUUAGUUUGGAUUCAUAGAGUUAAGUUUAACAGUAAGCAAAAAAUAUUACAGAUUAAAAGAAUGAUAAUCAUAAAGUUCCAACUCCUGUUUAACCUUAACCUUAACCUUAAUCUUAAGGAUUGUUUGGAAAUUUAAGUAGUAAUUAAUCUGUUACUGAAUAGAAGAACUUUUUGAAUUAACCAAAUAUCCCAAGUAGUUUAUUCCCUAGCGUUUCUAAUAGCAAUGGAUUAAACCAAGGAGGAGGUUUAUUUGGAAAGAAAGAUGAAAAUACUUAAUAGCAAAUUGCAGAAAAGAAAACUGAAUAACCUAAAAACUUAUUUAGUGGAUUAAUUAAAGAUGGCGCUGUAGGUGGAGAAUAAGCAAUAGGAGGCUUUUUAAAGCAAGAAGCAAAUAAUAAAUCAAACGGAUUAGGAUCAGGAUUAGCAUUUUUAUAAAACCCAGGUGAUGAUAAACCGAAAGAAGCUAAAAAUUUAUUUGGAUAAUCCAUAUCUAAUAUAAAUCAAAGUGGAGGUAUUUUUGAUAAAUCCAAUAACAACCCUUUAAAAGACAAAUAAUAAUAGUAAUAGUAGUUGAAUAAGGACUUUGAGCCUUUACCACAAAAAGCUAUCAAUUAAGAAAAUGGUUAACUUUAAACAGAAGUAAAUGGUUUAAACUCUUUAGAUAAGUAAUAGAACUAACCAGUAAGCUAAAGUUUAUUUACACCUUCAUCUUAACCAGUUUAAAAUUCUUUAUUCUAAUUGAAAGAAUAACCUAAAGUAUCCACUUCUUAAUUGUAAAGUAGUUCGUAAGGAGGUUUAUUUGGAAGUUAAAAUUAAUCAUUAAGUCAAUAAACCAAUUAAUCAGAACCUAACAAAAAUACAUCCUUAUUUGGUAAUUUAUAAAGUUAAAAUAAAGGGGGCUUAUUUGGCUCUAAUGGAACAGGACUUUUUGCAAAUUAAUCUAGCAAUUCUAAUUAGUAAAAUGGUUUAUUUGGAAAUACUAGCCUAUUUUCAAAACCAGCAGAGAGUGCUACAUAAUGA